AUGUCUGCCCCUCCUCAACUGAUCCACAUCAAGAGGAAGCGGGGCGAUGAGGAUGCGCCGGUUACCUACCUUCAGCUUGAGCCAGGAUCCAAGAGGCACUUGGCCGGCAGCAGUUGGGUCUACCAAAGGCGCCUGGCAAAGGCCAGCGCCAGAUCCGCCGCCGCGGCGCAGCAAGCCGCCGCCCAUGCCAAGCCUGUCAUCCAGACGUCUAAGCCAGGCGACGAGAAGUCCAGCUCCCAUCGCCCUCCGGUCUCGAACACCCCCUCCGCAUCGUCGAGCCAUGCGCCGUCCGCAGCGAACGCAGCGCCCGCCGCGCAGACAACAACUUCAGCAACCGCCGCGGGGUCGCAGCGCCCAACGAACCCUUCCGUCGAGCCGAGGCGCUUCCACAUGUCCAGAUCGGCGAUGAGCUCUCCCAGUGGCAGCACGAUACUCAAGGCCGGCGGUGUCACAAAACGGGGCCGCUACGGUACCGCCGUUUUCGUGGAACGGGGGAAGAAGAAGAGCGCGCGGAGGGCCCUCGACAAGCUCGAUGCAGACAAGAAGAGCGCUGCCCUUGCAUCUACGGAUGUCAGCGUCAAAGAGGAGGAUAAACCGGCGCCCAAAAAACCCCUCGCGAAACGCCCGCCCCGGCCCACGGCACCCAACGUCGAUGCGGACCGCAAGCCGAUGCCCAGCGUCGCGCCCACCCAAGACCUGGACAAGAUCGCCGCCGACAUGGACCAGUGGGUGUUGCACGAGAUCGGGUUGAACCUGAAGGCGAUGGAACACCCGCCCGCGCCGCCGACCGCCGCGUCGCCGUCCCGCUUCAAGCCCAAGGCCCCGGUCAAGCGCUUCGCUGAGCGGCACCCCGAGUUGGCGAAGGAGCUCGACGGCCGCGACCGCGACGAGGAGAUGGCCGAGGCGAGCGGUGGCGAGGAGAGCAGCGACGACGACUACGUUAUCGAGGUGUACGAGCUGGCGCCCUCGAAGCCGGUGUUGGCGGAGAUCCCGCCCGAGGAGAUUGGUGUGCUUAGCUUCGACACGCAGGAGGACAUGGAGCUGUUUUAUGGCAACGAAGAAGACGAUUCAGACUUUGACGAUGACGAGGACGAAAAUGCCGAGAACCACUACACAGCAGAUUACCCCGAAGACGAGGUCGACUCCGAGGACGAGUACGACCGCCACGCCUACCUCUUCCGCAACGCCAAUGCCUCGGACGAGGAGGAAUUUGACUUCCGCGACCAGGUGGAAGACGAGGACGAGGACAUGUACGUCAUGGAGGGCGACGAGAAGCGUGACGAGGACGACGUGUUCCAGGACAAGAUCCGUCGGUAUAUCCGCCAGCAUGGCGCUCACUGA